GGGUGGUAAGCAGUGGAGGUGUCUGGCUGGCACUGAAAGUUUGCGUGGAAAAGUGUCAGGAAAUGAUUGGGUCACAUUAUGGACACUUGGGUCUCUGCUGUGGCAGGGAGGAGACAGUGAGGGGCUUCAGGAAGGGGAGGGACCAAAUGCAAUCGUGGAAUCAGAUCUGGGUCUGGAGGAGAGGCUGGUCCAGUGCAGCUUCGGGGGGCUGAGGCUCCGGGGCCCGGGGUCAGAAAGUCCAGUGCUCGGAGGCAGGUGGAUGUGUCUUCCAAACUGAUGAGAAAGGGUCACUUGGAGGCCCUUAUCCUUCCUUUUGUCCCGCUGGCCCAGUUCUCCACCACUGUCCUUUUUCGGUGCCCUGCCAGCCUCUCCAGGAGUUAAUGUUUAGACCUCUCCCGGCAGGUCCGUGCAGGGGGCGGAGCAAGGGGCACUGGAGCGAGGACAGAAAAACCUGCUGCACAGGCCCUGGGGAGGGGGCAGGUGGCAGGGCCAGCAUCUGGUCAGGACACCUGGCACAAGUGACCUUGCUGGGAAAGGAGUCAAGAACUAGGUGCCCUGGGCCUGGGACCACCUACGUCAGAGGGGAAGGAGCCCCAGCCCUCUGUUGUGGAAGCAAGUGCCCACCCUCAAGGCCCCAGGGCACGCCUGGGCCUAAAGGAACCACCCUGUGACCCCUCAACAUAAGGCACCCCUCCCAGCUCUUCCCAGCUCCAUGCUGACCUUUCUGGAAUGGGGGAUAUUGCCCAGUGCCGCCUCCCUCCCCAAGACCAGCCUGCUAUCUGGCCCUGAAUGAGGGUUCUCCUGAGGUCACCCCAGGAACCAAUCCCAGAGCCUUAAGGAAGGAGAGAGGAGUGUGGUGGGGCUCAGUGGGGGCCCCCAGAUCCUGAGGCUCCCCAGCCCCCACCCCAGCACUGAGGCCCCCUCCCUCCAUCACUGAAGAAGAGGCAGUAGGAGCUAUAGCCGCCUCCUCCCCCCUCCCUGCUGCUGCUGCUGCCUCCUCGGCUGAGCCGGCUGAGCCUGCAGGUUGUCUUGGCAACGGGAGGCGGAGAGGAGAUGCGCCGAGGGAUGGAGGUGUGUGUCACCGAGGAAGCGGCUGAGCUCCUGCCCCACGCCCCGGGCCCUUGAAGCAUGCUGGGUUCCUGGAAGAGCCGCCUAUUACCUGGGCUCUGAGGAAAAGCCACAGCCCAGGGAUCUGCGUCUGCCCCUGUCCUGGCGCUGAGGCCUCAGAGCAUCUGGGCCACGCUGUCUGGGAAGAGGCCCUGCACUCGGCCAGCAGCCUGGAGAGUCACCGAGGGAUGAGGACGCCACAGCCCGGGGGAGCGCCUUUUCUGCUCUCGCGUCCCCCAGCGCGCAGCGCCCAGGAGCCAGGCAGAGCCUGACGCCCUGUCAUCUCCCUUGCGCACAGGACUCUGCCAGUGAUCCAGCAGGCCAGCUCCCUGCUGCAUGGAGCGGCUGCAGAAGCAACCACUUACCUCCCCUGGGAGCGUCAGCUCCUCCCGAGGCUCCAGUGUUCCCGGCUCUCCCUCCAGCAUCGUGGCGAAGAUGGACAAUCAGGUACUGGGCUACAAGGACUUGGCCGCCAUCCCCAAGGACAAGGCCAUCCUGGACAUCGAGAGGCCUGACCUCAUGAUCUACGAGCCCCACUUUACCUAUUCUCUCCUGGAACAUGUGGAGCUGCCCAGAAGCCGGGAGCGCUCGCUGUCACCCAAAUCCACAUCCCCCCCACCAUCCCCAGAGGUGUGGGCGGAGAGCCGGUCCCCUGGAACCUUCCCUCAGGCUUCAGCCCCAAGAACCACUGGAACCCCCAGGACCAGCCUACCCCAUUUCCACCAUCCUGAGACCACCCGCCCAGAUUCCAACAUCUACAAGAAGCCACCCAUCUACAAGCAGAGAGAGCCCACGGGAGGCAGCCCUCAGAGCAAGCACCUCAUUGAGGACCUCAUCAUCGAGUCGUCCAAGUUCCCUGCCGCCCAGCCUCCUGAUCCCAACCAGCCAGCCAAGAUUGAAACCGACUACUGGCCGUGCCCCCCGUCGCUGGCCGUUGUGGAGACAGAGUGGAGGAAGCGGAAGGCAUCGAGGAGGGGGGCAGAGGAGGAGGAGGAGGAAGAGGAUGACGACUCGGGGGAGGAGAUGAAGGCGCUCAGGGAACGUCAGAGAGAGGAACUCAGUAAGGUUACUUCCAACUUGGGGAAGAUGAUCUUGAAAGAAGAGAUGGAAAAGUCAUUGCCUAUCCGGAGGAAAACCCGCUCGCUGCCUGACCGGACACCCUUCCAUACCUCCCUGCAGGCAGGAACAUCUAAGUCUUCUUCCCUCCCCGCCUACGGCAGGACCACCCUGAGUCGGCUACAGUCCACAGACUUCAGUCCAUCUGGCAGUGAGACGGAAAGCCCAGGCCUGCAGAACGGAGAGGGUCAGAGGGGGAGGAUGGACCGGGGGACCUCCCUGCCCUGUGUGCUGGAGCAGAAGAUCUAUCCUUAUGAAAUGCUGGUGGUGACCAACAAGGGGCGAACCAAGCUGCCUCCGGGUGUGGAUCGGAUGAGGCUGGAGAGGCAUCUGUCAGCGGAGGACUUCUCCAGGGUAUUUUCCAUGUCUCCCGAAGAGUUUGGCAAGCUGGCUCUGUGGAAGCGAAAUGAACUCAAGAAAAAAGCCUCUCUCUUCUGACGACCCCCACCCACUCUGGAACUGACCCUCACCCCUGCUGCAUCAGGGCUCUGCAGCUGGGGUCCCUAGACCCCAAAGCAUCAGCUCUGGGGGCAGCAGGGAGGUGGGGUGGGGGUGGGGUUGGCUCUGAUGCCCAGGUUGAGGGGGAGCAAGACCUCUGCCGUGUUGGGACUCUCUUCCCCAUAAUGCUCUGGGGGGGUUCCCCUUCUCACAUCCCAGGUCCUCAUUGCACUGGACAAACCCAGUCUGGACUCCAGCACACACAGAGUUAAUGUCGGCACCCUCUCCGUGCCCCACCCCCACCCCCCACCACCUCCAGGUCCCCAGAAGAGAGUGAUGAGAAAUGAACCUGCACUUAGUGGUCAGGCCUGUGUGCUAUCCUGACCAUGGAUGGGGGGAUGCUCGGGCCUGGCAGGAAGGCAGAGAAGCCCCAGGACCCUGUGUGCGCCCAAGCACUCCUCUGCAGCUGACCUCAGACAGGUCCCCUGCACCUGGGCCUCCCGCCCCUCUGACUCCAGCAGGAGCAGCGCUCGGCCUCCAGCAGGGAGGCCACCCUUUCCUCUUCCUUGCGACCCCCCAAGCCUUGAAGCCUCUUGCUCCAGCCCCGUGGCUUCCCCAGAAGCCUUGGCUUAGAGUGGAGAUGUCGCCUAUACAGAACCCCAGCCCACCAGCAGCCUCCAGGCCAAGUCAUCGAGAAUGCUACCUUCUAAGGACCCAGGCCCUGCACAGAACCCAGGCCUUCGGGCUCCCUUGGAUGGGAUCAACAGCUGGGCUGUGUUCUGACCCCAGGCCCGUGCAUCUCCCACCACGCUCUUGAAAGAAUGUAAUUUCUUGGGGCACCCCAGCUGCUUCCCCCACCUCACUCUCUACCCUACCUUAACCACGCUCUCAGCUUUUCUUCUCUGCAAAUACAUACGUGUAUAUAAUUAUAUAUAUAUUUUUGCCAGGGUCAGGGUUUCGUUCAGCCCAGACCCUGAUGUCCCUUUCCAGGGCGGGUACGAGAUAAUGCUGGGGAAGGGGGGACUACGCUUGGAAUUAAAAGUUGCAUUGGGGCCCCAAA